AUGAAACUCUCCACUGGCAUUGCGCUAGCAGUUCGCGUUGGCAUUGCACUUAUAACCUGCACAUUUUUCCAACCUGACGAAUAUUUCCAAUCCCUCGAAGUCGCUCAUCACCUGGUCUUCGGCUUUGGACAUCUCACUUGGGAAUGGCUUUCUUCCACGCCUAUCCGAAGUAUAGUCUACCCAGGGCUCAAUGUGCCCGUGUAUUGGGUCCUGAAGGUUCUUGGCUUAGAUAACACUCGAUUGCUGAUUUGGGGCCCCAAGAUCAUACACGGAGUCUUUGCCGCUGGGACUGAUAUAUGGCUAUGUGAUCUCACGAGAAAAGUGCUUGGGGAAAGAUAUGUUUUGACAGCACUUUUCCUGUCAUUAACAUCUUUCUUCCACGGCCUUUCUUUAGCUCGCUCUUUUUCCAACUCCCUGGAGACAUCUCUGACUGUUAUCGCUUUGAGCUACUUUCCUUGGCAUCAUGACGAAAAUGCCUUCAAGAGGCAGGAAAUCCGUCGUAUGCUUAUCUUCGCCGCUCUAGCUUGUGUGAUUAGGCCUACGAAUGCCAUUAUCUGGGUGUACAUGUUCGCGGCAUUGCUCUGGCGCUUACCUCGUAAGCCCACAUACUUGGCUUCCGUACUCGUCGACACUGUGUGUAUAGGCUCAGUCAUACUAGGAGUCUUGGUUCUGAUCGACUCCGCAUACUACGGAGCUCUUACCAUUACAGCCAUCAAUUUCCUGCGCACCAACCUCUCCUCGGUAUCUCUAUUCUACGGGACUAGUCCUUGGCACUACUACUUCUCACAAGCUAUGCCACUUCUCUGUACCACUGCAUUACCUUUUGUACUCCAUGGGAUGCUGCUCGCUGCUCGCGUAGGGACCGGGGCUUUGCAGACCCUUUCAGGCCUCAUCGUUUGGACCAUUGGCAUUUACUCGCUGCUAGGGCAUAAGGAAUGGAGAUUUAUCCACCCAAUACUUCCGCUCAUGCACGUGUUGGCCUCGAGGUCACUCGUACCCUCAAGGAGGCAUGAUAAACUCAAAUCCUCCUUGCCUCUAGGCCGGGUGUACCGGUUAUUGCUUUUGCUCAACAUCCCGGCAAUAGUAUAUGUUAUGCUGUUUCAUGGUCGAGCCCAGGUUGAUGUUGUACGUUAUCUGGCAAAUUUACGGGCGGGAGAGGUCUCGUCUAUCGGCUUUCUAAUGCCGUGCCACUCGACGCCAUGGCAAGCUUACAUGCACCGAUCCGAUCUGGCCGACGAGGGACGAAUCUGGGCUCUAGGCUGCGAGCCUCCGUUGUCAGGACAGGAUAUGCAAUUCUAUCAAGACCAGACCGACAUCUUCUUUAAUUCUCCUCCGGUAUACUUGCAUACCCGUUUCCCGAGAGAGGUCAAUCCUUUCUUUCCGCCAUCACCAUUCCCUUUCACAGCGCCCGGCGCCUCCACUUCCAGCAAGGAUUGGGCGCAUGAGUGGCCGCAGUACCUCGUGAUGUUCGGGGCGCUAUUAGAUGAUGAGGUCCGAAGUAUACUAGAAUCGCGGAGAUAUCGUGAAGUCUGGCGAAGCGGGACUGGGUGGGAAGGCGAUCAGCGAAGACGGGGAGGCGUCAAAGUAUGGUCAUUCCAGCCAGUGCUAGACUAG